GAUACUACUAAAUUCAAUAAGAAGUUCUUUGAUUACUAUUGCAGUGGCGAAGAUCUUUGUAUUGUUAUUAUUGCCGUAGAGCUUAAUUAUCACCAAACAAGAUCCUUACACUGCUAUUGCAGCUGUGGAGCAUGUUGUUGUUUACCAUUACUAUUCAUUCUAUUAAACCAAGUGCCUAAUUGCAGGGAUAGAAGAAAUAAUAGAGCCAGCCCUCUUACGAAGCAAGCGAUAACUAAGAGGAAUCCAUUUGAUUAA